CGGCAUGGGAUGGUUGGAUUUUUAAUGUUUUCACUCUCUGUUUAUGGAUUGUUCGUGUUUAAAGGUGAUACAUAUAUGGACUUUAAGGCUUGAUUCGUGUCAUGCCGUGCGUGCAAAUGGUAAUGACAAAUCGACAACGAUGUUGCGAGAAAAAAAGAAAAGUAUGAAUACCACCUGUGAACAUGAAAGUAUAACGAUCAUUACCGUUGAACUUUUAAAACGUUCAAAAAUAUACUUGGACGAUGAGUCACGCAGGUGGUCAAUAAAGUGAUAUUAAUGCAUCAAGAACGGAAAUUUUACGUUAAAAGAAAGCAAGAUUAGUUUACGUACAGCGGAAUUGAUAAACGGCGUUCAAAUCAUGGCAGGUAAUGUUUCGAGCAUUGACGCUAUACGUAAGGAGCUGAAUGACGAAAAGGCGACCACACUCAUACCUGCCAUGGUAGUCUGCGGUAUUCUGAUGGUGCUUGGGACAGUGGGUAACGUCAUGGUCGUUUACUUCUACGCGUGGCGCACUAAAACGACGACAGCGUCGAUUUUGAUUACGUGUUUAUCGGCGUUCGAUCUGAUAGCGUGUAUUUUUGGCAUACCGAUAGAGAUCAGCGACAUGCGACUGUUUUAUCUGUUUGAAAACGUUCCCGCCUGUCGCCUUUUGGUGUUCGUGAAUCAUUUUGCCGUGAUCGCCUCUGCAUUUACGCUGUGCUUUAUCGCCAUGGACCGAUACAAACGCAUCUGCAAGCCGUUCGAAAGGCAACUAUCAGAGCGGUCCGCAAGAAUUAUUUGCGGCGUAAACGCUUUACUUGGCGUUGCGAUAGGUUGGCCAUCAAUUGCACUGUAUACGGUGGAGGAAGUUCCAAUCAACACCACCUACCGGGGGCAGCCCAUCCAGAUAACCGGAUAUGACUGCACUUCAGUGAAAGCGGAAGCUUAUCAAUCGUACGUAUGGGCGUAUAGUGUUAUACAGUGCGUUGGUUUCAUAAGUGUUACGUUAGCGUUGGUCAUUUGUUACCUGCUCGUAGGAAGACAGCUUUACAAACACAAACAGUUUCGAUUUUACGUCGCGCAGAAUGGUUUACGUCGAACGGCAAGUGGUAAUGUCACGACGGUCACCAUGACGACGUCAACUGCGGAGAACGAGUCGUCUGAUCUGGGAAUCACUCCUUUACCGAUCACGUCUAUACCAGAAGAGAACGAGGAGGAUUUCGAAGUGGUUGAGUACGACGGACCGGACGAUGAUCCACCACCAAUGCCGGAAUCAAUUCCAGACCUGCGAGAGCUUUUGGAGCUUGACGCGAAAGGUUUACCCGACGUGGAUAACGACCGCCCACCGUCAGCUCUGCGGGGACUUUUUGGGAAUGGCGGCAGACCUCUGUCGGGCAGACCACUGUCGCAGUGCAGUCGCCCGAACUCCAUUCUCACGGACGCCAGCGGGCGGUCCAAGGGCAGCAUUAUGACGGUUCGGAGCGUGGUCAUAUGCGACGCUAGUGAGAACCAAGUGUUCAGCAUUGAACCGCGCGAUAAGAGUACGCAACCAUCUCGACGGCCGUGGAGCGCGCGGAGCGACUCAACUUGGUCGAACAGCAUCACGCGCCCGGAGAGCGCUUGCAGUACCGAUACAUUCGCACGGCCAGAUAGCGGCUGCUCUAUUCGUAGUAUUAUUGACGAGACGACCAAUAAGAGUGAUGUGAGGAAUAAGUUCCUUUCAAAGAUCGUCGACAGUGAAUCGUCAGUGAAUUUGAAACACACGCGAAGCGAAGGAAACGUUGACCACAGACGUUUGCGCCGAAGCAAUAGCGGCAAAAGCGACUCAAAACAAGGGCCAACAUCAACUUCCGGAAUCCGUAGGACCGCCAGUGAAGGAAGUAGCGGAUUUAAACGAACCGGAAGUGACAGGAAUUCGUUUACUCGAAAAGUAUUGCGCCGUACCGGAAGUACCGAAAGCAACAAACUUAACACAGAUACGGAUAAUCUGAAGGAUAUGCGAAUGAAAUUGUUGGACAUAAACACAAUAAAAUAUACGGUUGUUAUGAUAGUUAUCGCUUCUGUAUUCAUCGUCUCAUGUGUACCUUUCCUUGUUUUAGCAAUAUGGCGGGCUUAUUCGGACGAAAAUCUGGUUUAUGAAUUUUCCGACGCCGCUUUAGUGUGGUUUCAAAUUGGCCUUCGCUCUUAUUUUUUAAAUUGUGCUAUUAAUCCUUUCAUUUACGGAUUUUUUAAUUCUCAAUUUAGAGACUAUUUUUACAACAAGUUUUGUUGUUGUUGUAAGGAAAAGGAAUCGUCCAGUGACCAGGAAGACUCAAGAAGCCCACGUGGUCAAAACGAAUCUAAGAAGACUUCUAGCGAGUCGGAUGAAUGAACCUGAUUUUCGUUCACAUUUAGAAACUUUACCGCGGAAUCUACUUCAUUCUGAAAGUGUUUUCUGUUAAAUUUGUAUAUAGUACUGUUUAACCCAUUUAUGCCUAGCGCCUAGAAAAAAAAGCAUUGGCAAACAGCGUUGACCCAGAUGAGACGCCGCAUGAUGCGGCGUCUCAUCAGGGUCUGCGCUGUUUGCCGAAAGGAAUUUCUGUAAGAAAUAUUCUAAAUAUAGAAAUAAAUAUACUUGACAUCCCUUAUUUUGGAAAUAAAUUGAUCCAAUUUUGAAGGCUUAAAUGGGUUAAUCUUGUUUUGCAUUUAGAAGUAUUGUGUACUAUGCAUACCUAUCAUUAUAUUGUUUCAUCGUAUGGUAAUAUACAGCUAUUACGUAUUUAUUCAAUAUUUAACUGAAUGUUAAACAUGUUAAUUAUUUAUAUUUUAUUGACUAUGUUCAUUGUAUGUUUAUUUUUAUUUUCAUACAAAUGUAUAAAUUAUAGCCUGCUAGCAAACUCACGUUUAAGAAAAAGGUAUUAAACUAUCGGGUAUCGAUCUACUCAUAAAAACACAUAAGCGAUUUUUCGGUAGUAAAAUUCCAUGUAAUGAAUUAAAGGGGCGUUUUCACAGAUUUUGGCAUGCAUUGAAGCCUGUCAUUAAAUGCUUUAUAUUUAUAAAUUAAAACCUUGGAACUAAAAAUCUCCAGUAAAACAAAGAAUACAAUUUAAAAAAAAAGAAAAAAAAGUAACCCGCAACUGGGCUCGAACCACUGACCCAUGGAGUCCUGGAGAAAAAAAUCUCCCGCUUAGACCACUCGACCAUCUGUGCUCAUGCUAUGAGCGGAUGUAUUUUUUCGGCGUGCUGUAUUAAGCCAGCUUUUCACCUGACCUGACCUUUGUAAGUGUCCAAUAAUAUUCAAAUAAAAUUUCCCGCGGCUAGGUACGAAUGAAUACACUUCAUUUAUUCCAUUGGCUGAUUUGAGUGUAACACCAAAACAUUGGAAACAUAUUCGCGUGUUUGUAACACUGUGAUACUGCAUGAAACAAUUUUAUCUCUAAUGAAAAGGCUCAAUAGAUAGAACAGUUUUACAAUAAAUUCUCGACAUAAAUACAGUUUGUGCGUGCACCUUUUAUUUUCAGAGAAUUACCAGCGCAAAAGCGUUUAUACUAAAGGCUAUGUUCUCAUAUUUAGUACUUGCUUCCAUAUUCAUGUCAACAUGUUAACAUGUAAAAGUAUAAAGAGCAGUGGAAGCGAGGCCUCACUUUAAUGCAUUGCAUUUCAACCCGCGAUGUUUCGGGUCAAUUCGCGGCAAGUGUGUGAAAGUCAGAGUUUAUAUACAGUUCAUCGCCGGAGUUCGCAGCCAGUAAAAUAAUCGUUAUAUAAUAAAGACUAUUUCCGUGAACUAUGUGACAUGGAAUUUUCUUUAGAAUAGAAAUAUGUUAAAUGAAGAUAUUCAGCAAUAUAAUUAAGAUAUGUCAAUAAUAGAUUAUUAAUGUGUUUUCAACAAUACAAUGAUAAAUAUUAUUUUAGAUUAAUUUAACAAUAAUUAUUCCACCAUAUUGACUAUUGUAUUAAGCAUGAGCGCGAUGAUUCUCGAAACUGUUAAUAAUCGAAUCAUAUAGCAAUGUCCGACAAACCACUAAAACAGGUUUGUUCGAAGAACGCGCCUAUAAAUACGGAUACUUCGCGUGUGGCCGAUUGACUCAUAUGUUUUAGUUUAAUUUCCAUUCUUCUUUUGGUUUUCUCUUUUGUAUUUAAAGGUUUAUGACCAGCAAUAUGUAAUAAUGUAAAAUAAGCCGCGAAAACUCCGCGUAACAUCCCUUACUGCGUGUGAUGCAGCUAAGAACUGCACAGAAAAAGACAUUCGCUAUCAUUGAUCUCAUUUAUCACGCCGUUUAUCUUUUUUAAAGAUAUUUCUUGUUAACUUAUAUAGCAAUCCUCGUAGUUUCCCAAAAUAUAACGACAACAACAAAACUUUUCAAAUUAUGCAAUCGUUUCGCGUUGCAACGCUUUAUACUUUUCAGGUUUUCAAAUCGUCAAAAGAUGCAUAUAAUGGAUAUUUUAGACCACGGUUAAUGUUCUGUUUUAUUAUUUCCUCAUAAAUACCAUAACUAAAACGAAAAUUUGCGAUUCUGAAACAAUUUUUUUUAAUUUUGUCAAUUUACCAAAACGUGAGAAGGCCCCUUUAAUACAAGUAAACGUUCUUGUAGAAUUGCUUCAUUGUCAUAGGAGUGGACAUGUAAUUUUGAGGGGCUCCUUUCAAACUUGAUGUAAUCUACUUGAGGUUUAAAACGUUUAAAUAAUCCAAUAAGGUUGCAUGUUGAAAGUUUACAUUAUAAUAGAAAAAAUCUCUGAUUAUAACUACACCUGUUUUCUCAAAAUGUGUAACCUUGUAGCUCUUUAUAAAUUUCACUUUUGUCUGAGAUUUAUUA